AUGAAAGAUUUUGAACCACUUAGUUAUUUUGGCCUUGAGAUCUCAUCUCGCUUUGAUGGGUACUACUUAUCUCAAGCAAAAUAUGUCUCUAAUAUAUUGGCUCGUUUUGGUAUUACUGACUUUGCCACCUCCUCAACACCCCUAGAUCCGAAUGUUUGUCUUACCCCUUUUGAUGGUGUCCCUUUCAAAAAUCUCACUCUAUAUCGACAACUUGUUGUCAAUCUUAUCUAUUUAACUGUGACUCGCCCAGAUAUUGCCUAUGCAGUUUAUGUUGUCAGUCAAUUCAUGGCAGCUCCUCACACUAUACACUUUAUUGCCCUUCUUCGUAUUCUUUGCUAUGUUAAAGGUAGUCUUGGUCAUGGACUUUAG